AUGUUUCGAAAACGUAAGCAAAUAGUUUCUAAAUGGCAAUUAAGUAGAAGAGUAAAACAUCAAGUUCAAAUAGAGUUACAGAAAUUUAACAAUUUAAGAGAUAACCAUAAUCCUAGUGACACUAGUUCUCUUUGUAUUAAUGUUUGUUCAGAAGAUAAUGACCUAGAUGUAACUAAAAUAGAUCCUAUUCCACAUAUUUCAACUUCCAGUUUAGAAUUUAGCGACGAGGGUUCAGUAGUAUUGGAAAAUGAUUUACUAUCAUCUGAUGACAAUGACAUCUCUCCUAAAUUUGAACACGAUUUUUCUAUUACUCUUGAUUUGCAAAGUAAAUUAAAAGAUUGGGCUCUCUCUGAUAACAUUUCACAUUCUGCUGUUACUAGCUUAUUACAUAUUCUGCAUGAUUAUCAUUCAGAACUUCCAUUAGAUUGUCGAACAUUGUUAAAAACCCCAAGACAAAUUGAAACGAAGCAUUUGGAAAACAAGGAAUAUAUACAUUUUAAUCUAACAAAUACCUUAAAACAAAUCUUGAAUAAAAAUGGUAGUUCAUUAUCAACCGAAAUAUCUCUAAGUUUUAAUAUUGAUGAGUUGCCACUCUUUCAUAGUUUAAAUACACAAUUUUGGCCUAUUCUCUGCCUUUUAAGAGAUAAAAAUUUAAAUUUUGAACCAUUUGUAGUGGGUAUAUUCUGUGGAAGUGGUAAACCUACACCUCUUUAUUUAUAUUUAGAAGAUUUUAUUAAGGAUGUUUCAGAAUUACUUACUAAUGAUAUUAUACAUAACAUGAUUAGGUAUUCUAUUACAAUACAUAAUUAUUUUACCUGUGAUGCACCAGCCAAAGCAUUUGUAAAGUCUCAUGGAGGUUAUUCGUCAUGCGACAAAUGUACAGAAUAUGGGGAUUAUGUAAAUGGCAGAGUAGUUUUACAAAAUUUAAAUGCUCCACUAAGAACUGAUGAUUCAUUUAGUGAAAAAAUUGGUGAAAAUCAUCACUUAGGCAUUUCCCCCCUGAAAAAUUUGAAUGUUGGUUUAGUGUCACUUUUUGUAAUAGACUACAUGCAUGCAGUAUGCCUUGGUGUAAUGAAAAAGCUUCUUAACUCCUGGGUUGGUGGCUCUCUAAAGGUUAGACUCCAAGCUAGGGUUGUUAAUAAUAUAACUGAACAUAUUAUAUCUCUAAGAAAUUUUAUUCCGAAAGAAAUAAAUAGAAAACCUAGAAGUCUUUCAGAUUUACAACGAUGGAAGGCAACUGAAUUCAGAACUUUUUUAUUGUAUAUAGGCCCAAUUGUGUUAAAGAAUAUUGACAUAGGAGUGUAUGAACAUUAUCUUUUAUUUCAUAGUAGUAUUUUCAUUCUCAGUAAUUCAAAACUCAUACAGCGCUUUGGAAGAGAUCAAACAAAAACAUUAUUACAUACUUUUAUUACCCACUGCAAAAAAAUAUAUGGAUUGGAAUGUCUUGUAUACAAUAUUCAUAUUUUAAGUCAUUUAAGCGACGAUGUUAAGAGAUUCGGACCUCUUGAUUCGUUUUCGGCCUUUCCAUUUGAGAAUUAUUUGGGACAAAUCAAAAAGUUUAUAAAAAGUCCCAAUAAACCUUUGCAACAGAUUUAUAACCGUCCUUUUGAAAUAAAUAACUCAAAUAAAGUUUCCACUGAAUUGAAAUCUGCCCAAUUCCUAUAUGAGCACAUUCAGGGUCCAAUAUUAAAAGACAAUAUGAUAAAUGAAUUUAAACACGAAGCAGAUGGAGGUGGACUCUCUAUAGUCAAUACAGCUUGGUUGACUCCUAGAAAGACUGAAGUGUAUUGGCCUCCUAUAAAAGACAACCUUCAGUUCAACAAGGUACUUAGGAAAAUAGAACCAGAAGUUAAUGAAAACUGGCAAAUUUAUGGGGUUCAUAAAAUUUUUUAUUCUACAGACGAAAUUCGUUCUGCAAACCAUACUAAGCAAUAUGCAAGCGUUUCUCCUAAAGAGGACUGUUCUUCUAAAGAAGCCAUUUUAGCAUCAGAUCCUGAAGAAGCUUUAUUUGGUCGUUUUAAUGAACACUCAGAAAGUGAAUCGGAUCCUGAGGGGUUUGAAGAUAAGGAAUACGUUCCCCCAACAGAUAUUUUGACUAGCAGUAGUGAAGAGGAUGAACCUAAUGAAAAAUUAGGAUCACAGUUCUCGACAGCACAGACGGCUGGAAAAGAAAAUGACACUAAUAAGAUGGAGACAGGCAGCUUGGUUUCAACUCAUGUGACUGCAGAGAUUGAACCGAAUUUUAUUGAUAUAGUAGACGAAGUACAACCUUAUGAAAUGGAAAGAAACAGUGAGAAAAAGAAACAGUCGAGAAAAAGAAAAAGAGAUGAAACGAGUUGGAAGUGUAAGCAAUCAGCUUCUGCACGUGCACAUGGUGAGGAAUAUAUUUCAUAUAAAGGAACGGUAGUUCCAGCAAAAACCGUAAAGCUUGAGUUACUAUAUACUGAAACGUGCAGGUUUAAGUGCGGACAAAAGAUUGAUGCUGAAACUUGCCGUGAAAUACAUUCCAGGUUUUAUCGGUUGGAUAUUAAUGCCAAAAAUGCGCUACUGUUUAAAAGUAUUGAAAAGUGCACAAUACAGCGGCAACGUACCAAUGCAACCAAGCACAAAAGUGCAUCAUACAAAUUUAAAAUUACAUGUAAGGGAAUAACACACCAAAUUUGUAAAUCUGCCUUAUGCUCCUUGUAUGGUGUUGGUCGAAAAAAAGUUGAAUUACUCCAAAACCAAUUAAAAGCGGGUAAAUCAGCACCUUCUCCUGAUUCACGUGGUAAACAUUAUAGCAGACCCCAUAGGAUUGAAGACGAAGUAAUAAACUUUGUGAAAGCACAUAUUCAGUCAUUUCCAGCGGAACAGUCCCAUUACUCCCGCAGUAACAAUCCACAUAAGCUGUUCUUAUCACCAACACUAAACAUGUCCAAAAAGGUACAGCCUAUACCUAGAAAAAUGUGA